AUGAAAGAGAAGAAACCCAACUUUCUAAGAGAGAUUAGACUGCUUAUGUACGCACUUGGCGAUAGUACUAAUCCCCGUAGUGACUCGGCCAACGUUAUUCAUGAUUAUGUAUGUAAUUAUCUUGAAGGAAUUCUUAAGCGAGCCAAGCAUGUAUCUAAAUCUCGCGGUCGCACCAAAACAGAAGAUUUACUCUAUACAGUUAAACGCGAUCGCAAGAAGUAUACUAGAGCCAAAGAACUAUUAACCACCAACGAAGAGCUCAAAAAGGCUCGGAAAGCUUUUGAAUAUGAUGUUAUGGAAAAAGAAUAA